AUGAGUCCGGAGCCGGAUUCAACGGCGAGCACGUCGAGCUUCUGCUGUUGUGCACGGUACUUCAGACGACGUGGCGGCGGCGGCGGCGGCGCACAGAACGCGUCGCACUCGAUUGAGAUUCGAGUCAACGGUCGCAGCCAUCUCAAAGUGCCGACGAUUCCGACGACGACGACGACGGCGAACGCCGCGAUCGCGAUUCCGAUCGACGACGUGUUCGAGACGGCGCGAUCGGCUCGGCACGGCAACGUAAAAAUGAUGUCGAUGCCCGAAUUGAUUCGAAUGGUUCGAAUCGAGGAAGGUCUUGAGUUGACGCCGCGCGUCGACGCGCUUCCGACGCCAUCCGUCGACGAGCCGCGCCAACUCAAUGUCGUCCAGCUCGCGCAGCACUCGCCGAUUCCGGCUCGCCGCUUCCGUCGGGCGGUGUUCGACGAUGACGGCGACAUCACGACGAGGACGAUGUCAAGCGUCGGCAAUCCGCGUCGAAUAAGUGAAUGCUCAAUUGCGGCUCCGGCUCUUCACAUAUCGCAUCCGGCCAUCUCGUCGGCGGUCUCGCGACGAAUUUCAACAACUCCGCAAUUCAUCGCCGCCGUGUUUGCGGUCACCUACACAUUCUUCACCACCGUAAUCACGUCGAUCUCAAAGAUUUUCGUGAAAUAG